UUACAGCAAGUAACUACUCCCGAGACCAAUAUCAGAGCAGAAUAUAUUUUUUAGAGUGACUUGUGGGAGGUUAUCGGGACCAGACGUUUUUAAAAAGUGGCUUUCAAAUAAACUUUGAACUUGUUUGCUAACUAGCUAGCCUGCUAGCUGCUGAACGCGCUAGUUCCUUAGCUUGAUGCUAGCCGCCGGAGGGGAACGCCUAGUAUCAGAAGUGCUGCAGCCCCAGUGGUCGUAGGCAGGAUGCAGACCAUAAAGUGUGUGGUGGUGGGUGACGGGGCAGUCGGUAAAACCUGCCUGCUCAUCUCUUACACCACCAAUGCCUUCCCCGAAGAGUACAUCCCCACAGUGUUUGACAACUACAGCGCUCAGAUGAGUGUGGAUGGCCGCACUGUCAGCCUCAAUUUGUGGGACACAGCAGGCCAGGAGGAGUAUGACCGACUGCGCACGCUCUCCUACCCUCAGACCAAUGUCUUCAUCAUCUGCUUUUCCAUUGGCAGCCCCUCCUCCCACGCCAAUGUCAGGCACAAGUGGCACCCCGAGGUGUCUCACCACUGCCCCAAUGUGCCCAUCCUGCUGGUGGGCACCAAGAGGGAUCUGAGGGGCGACGCGGAAACGGUGAAGAAGCUGAAGGAGCAGAGCCUGGCUCCCACCACCCAGCAGCAGGGGAACGCCCUGGCCAAGCAGAUUGGCGCCGUCAAAUACAUGGAGUGUUCUGCUCUGCUGCAGGAUGGUGUGAGGGAGGUCUUUGCUGAAGCUGUGAGGGCGGUGUUGUAUCCAGUCACGAAAAAGAACCCCAAGAAGUGCGUGCUGUUGUAAUAAACGGUUCCCAGGUUCGGACUGUGGAGAGGGAUAAUGGAGAUCCACAGAUGCAAAGGCUGAGGAAUGAACGUCGUCAUCUGGCUGCCUCCAUACCACCUCCAGCAGUUAAGACUUUUAGGUUUCAGCUCCUCUGUAACGCCUCUCUUCCUUAUUCAUCUCCUGGAGGUUUUCACUCCGUUGCCAUCAUCACCAAAGUGACUAUGACAAAAUGGGGGCAACAGAUCGGAUCUCCUCUAUUUUUCUUACAUUUAAACUUUUGAUAUUUACACUUUUCUCCAAUUUUACAUCUGUUCUAGAUUUAUAGCUUCUCUGCUUUGCCUUAUAAAUGCUGAUCAUGGUUGUCACAAGCCAUAAUAACAUCGAAACCAACCUAGCGAGCUGCCCUGACUGACUGGAGAGAAGAGAUCUGCCUUAGUUCAGGUGGAGAAAUAAUGACUACCUCAUACUCUCACCUAGGUUGCAUCUCAUGAGUAUCGAGCAACAUCACCAUCAAAAUGCUUUGACUUGCCUAUUUAGAUGUAAUAAACAGCCAAGUAGUGGGUGAACAAGUUUUCAUUUCAAGCAGCUUGAGUACAGACAUGAUGUGGUGUCUCCCAGACAAAUGCCAGUACCCCUUAACCAAUAUGCACAGAUUAGAGGUUAAACUCUCAAGCUGCCGUUCCCUUGUGCUCAGUCUGGCAUGUUGGAGCCGUCUGACAGGCUGCACUUCCAGCCUCUUGCACUGCUCUCUCACUGCCACGCAUGGAAGAGCCAGUAGGCCUUUGAAGAUAAGCGGGACCCGUUUAAAGCAGCUGGCCAUUUGCCCUCUUCAGUAAUAGAGGAGCAGGUGUCAUAAAGCCUCUGCCAAAUUAACCCACACUGGUACAGGAUUUCUCGAGCUGGCAUAUCAGGAAGUCAGGUUGUAGUGCAGCUCUCCUCUGUCUACGUCUUAACUCUUGAGGCUCACACCGAGUGCCAUUAAAACAUGCCUAAGAAUUACUUUUUGACAGGGUGGGGUCAAAAAGACUAUGUUGUCUAAUUAUGUUGAAUUUACUCUGUAAAUGAUUUUCUUUUUUUUCCUCAAAUGUUUUUAACCUACGAGUGUGGUUAUGGCCAAAGUUGAAUAUAUUUUUUGUAAUAGCUUAUGUUUAUUUGAUCAGUAAGAUGUUUGUGUGUAAUAGUUAAUACUCAUAUUUGAUAAACCAGAACUCCAUAAUGCUCCCCUUGUCAUUUACAUUAUUGCCUUACAUUUAAGGUCAACAGACUAUGACCACUGCCUAAUUGAUUCAGUAUAGCAUAUAAUACCGAGAUAUGUUUAAACUGGCAUGUGUUAAGCUAAAUAAAUCAUUUCAUUUUGUGCUAGCAGGUUAUCUACUAUAUAUAAUGAGCCCUUUAUUUGGUCAGGUGCCUUAUGUAAACCAAAGACCAUAGCAGUGCUCUUUCACAAAACCCAAAAGUUCUCAUUAUAGUGAUGCAAGAGCUUAAAUUCCAGGUCAAAACCAUUUCUGGGUUUCAUUUCUGUCAUUUUUCUGAAGCUUUCCGCCCUACAUUCUUCCAGUAAACACACUCGCACCCUUUGUAAGACACAGGUGUUAAACUGACAAGUCUGUGUGCAUUUGUGAAACGGAGCACAUGAAACGGAGCGCUCGAGGCCUGCAGCGCUCAACAGAUUGUGGUUUACAUCCCUGCAUUGCAUGGUGCAGUGAGCGCAAGGCACUAGCACAACUUGCACAUACGGUUAACAAGAGCUCAAUUGGUGGAACGUGCCUUGUCACAUCUGCAGAAUUUUAUACAUUUUAUAAAAUAUUUUUUUAGUAAUGACUGGAUGCUUAUUUGUGCUUUCAGCUGCCAGUAAUACCAGCCUCCCUUUUACUAGUUCUAUUCAUUAACUCACUUGAGCGGGGUGUUUUAUACGUCUACCCAGAUUAUGGCCUGUGUAAAGUCUAGCAUAACCGAAGCGCAGCACGAGCGGGAGAUUUUGUGUAACAACAGUGAUGUGAUUUGAGAUCUGCCAAAGGAGGUGUGAAAAUGUCCCAGAUCGGUGUGUGGAGGGUUGAAUGUAAGUGCACAAUAUGUCAAACUGUCAACUGCAGUGAGGUUGUUUUUUUUUUGUUUUUUUGCCGUGUCCUCAUUUCACUCAGAUAAUGCUGUUGAAGUGGAACAUACACCUGUGGGCUCUCUGUCUGUGUCCUGGAGCUGUAUGCUGCCGUGUGCGUGGUACUACGCUUUUACACUGGGAACUUGAUUUGUAGAAAUCUGUUUGUAAUUGUUUUAUAUAUAACAAAAGCAUAUUUGUAUAAAUGAACUAACAGUGAGAUGAUUUUAAAUUAUGCCAAAUAAAAUGGUGGUUUAAACCAGA